AUGAACUCACGAAUAUCCACGUUUUGGGCUUCCCAACACGAGGCUACGUCGGCCAACGAAGCCAUCCUCGCCGCCCUCGCCCGGUGUUAUGGCGCGGUCCUACCGGGCCAUAACACCCGGCCGGCCAACGAGGCCAACGAGGCCGCCCUCGCUGCCACCGCCCUCGCCACCACCGCCCUCGCCCUGCCGGCCCGGCCGGCCAACGAGGCCAACGAGGCCACCCUCGCGUUGUUUACCGGCGACGCUCCUGCGGCACCGGGUGGCACCAAGCGGAAGCGUGCCCCGGCCGGCACGAUCCCAAACAAACGAACCCCGCGGUUCACGUGGAACACGGAAAAAACCGCGGCCGUUAUGGAGUGGUUUCUUGUGGCCAAAAACGAAGGGCUUCUUGCCGUGCAAAAGAAGCCAAAUCUGACGUUGGCGUGGCAGCGGGUGCUCGAUCUGGCGCGGGCGGCGUGGGGGGAGGAAGCGGGCGCACUUGACGGAGGUCAAGGUUGCUGACAAGUACCAGACCGAGAGGAAAA